AUGUCCAUCUCCACCCAGAAAUUGAUUCUAUAUGACCCUAUUUACAAGCCUUGCCUUAAGACCACCGAAAAGAGGCCUUGGAAAACGUUCAAGGAAGAUCUCCAGGCAGCACAGAAUCGCUUCGAUACGGUCCUCGACGCUCAAGCUCGGGGAGUGGAUCUCAUGAACUUCACACAUCAUAUGAUUGCGGAAAUGGAAAAGUACGCUACGUCAGUUCAUGAUCAAUCCUUCGACGAAGUCAAAGAGGCCAUAUCAGCUUCAUUAUUUAUCGCAGAUAAAGUCAUAGGGAACGUCUCGAAGGACAUCAAGAAGAUCGCAAAACUCGUCAACGACGUCAAACGCGACCAAAAGGUUGCCAAAACACUCAAGAACCUCGAUGCUGGCAUGUUAGACGUCGCUACUCCUAUUCUCAGCCUCCCUAGGUCCAACGUGUUUCGCGAGACCAUGAUCAGGGGUUCGCUUCCUAAGUUCGACAAAAUGAAGGAUGUUCUUUUGGCCAAAGUCAAGGAAGCCCAGAGGUCUGCGACAUGCAAGCAAAGAGCAAAAUCUGGACACUCUUGUAGACUGAUGACGGUUUUGAAGACCAGACGUGUUGUCAUUGUAAGAUCGGUUGACACCCUACUCUAUGAAAACCGUCGCAUAUUUAUGACUACCAACUACCUGUUACAAGUCGGGCAGGCAGUGCAUGGUAUCAAAGACUCAUCAUGUUGCCUCCGUCAGAUCGGUUGA